GCAACACAGUGGGCUGGACUGCGGGACUGCAGUUGGAUACUAUUGAAGGAUGUGGUCCUUUUUCGCACGGGAUCCUAUCAGAGACUUUAACUAUGAAAUUAUACCCGAGAACCAAGAAAGAUCCGGCAUAUGGACCCUUAGUCGGGGCAAGCGCAAGACAACGUGUGAGCCAGUGUCAGUCUUUGUGUACGAGGUGUCCCAGGGAACAGAGGAGCAGACACAGCUGGCUAAAGCAGCUUUCAAACGCACAAAAACUCUCAGACAUCCCAAUAUCUUGUCCUACGUAGAUGGGUUGGAGACAGAGAAAAGCUUAUACAUCGUUACAGAACCAGUGACCCCUCUGGCUGCCCACCUGAAAGUUCAGGCAGAGAAGGGUGGAGCUAGUGAUUUAGAGGUGUCAUGGGGCCUUCAUCAGAUUGUGAAAGCACUGAGCUUUUUGGUGAAUGACUGCCACCUCCUCCAUAAUAACUUGGGCAUGUGGGCCAUCUUUGUGGACCGUGCCGGUGAAUGGAAACUUGGAGGGUUGGAUCAUGUGACCUCAGACCAGGAAGACUCAUCCUCUUUACCGCCACCAAAAGUGAUCAACACUGACCUGGAGAAAUAUGACCCUCCAGAGAGCCCCAGCAGUGGUGGAGAGAAAUGGACAGGGGAUGUGUGGCGCCUUGGUUGUCUCAUUUGGGAAGUAUUUAAUGGACCUUUACCACGCGCCGCCUCAUUACGAUCUAUCGGCAAGAUUCCAAAGCAGUUAGUGCAGCAUUACUGUGAGUUGGUGGGGGCAAACCCGAAGGUUCGUCCCAACCCUGCCCGGUUCCUCCUGAACUGCAGAUCUCCAGGAGGCUUUAUGAACAACAGCUUUGUGGAGAGCAAUUUAUUUUUGGAAGAGAUACAGAUUAAGGAAACAGCAGAGAAGCAGCAGUUCUUCCAGGACCUGAGUGAGAAUCUGGACUCUUUUCCUGAAGAUUUCUGCAAACACAAAGUGCUGCCUCAGCUCCUUACAGCCUUUGAGUUUGGCAAUGCUGGCGCUGUCGUCCUCACACCACUAUUCAAGGUAGGGAAGUAUUUGUCAGCUGAAGAGUACCAGCAGAAAAUCAUUCCAGUUAUAGUGAAGAUGUUCUCCUCUACUGACCGGGCAAUGAGGAUACGAUUACUACAACAGAUGGAGCAGUUUAUUCAGUAUUUGAAUGAAGCAGCAGUUAAUUCCCAGAUUUUUCCACACGUGGUUCAUGGUUUCACAGACACGAACCCUGCGAUCCGAGAGCAGACAGUAAAGUCCAUGCUCCUGUUGGCCCCUAAACUGAAUGAGACCAAUUUAAAUCAGGAGUUAAUGCGUCACUUUGCACGACUGCAGGCCCGGGACGAUCAGGGCCCCAUCCGCUGCAACACCACCGUAUGCCUGGGCAAGAUCGCCUCCUACCUCAAUGCUGGGAUGCGCCAGCGUGUAUUAAUCUCUGCAUUCUCACGGGCAACUAAAGACCCAUUUCCUGCCUCGCGUGCAGCUGGUGUGCUGGGAUUCGCUGCCACUCAUCAAUUUUACAGUGUGACUGAGAGCGCCAGUCGUAUUUUGCCCACACUCUGCACACUGACUGUGGACCCGGACAAGAAUGUCAGAGAUCAGGCAUUCAAAGCCAUAAAAAGUUUCCUCAGUAAACUGGAGACCAUUUCUGAAGACCCUUCUAAACUAGCAGAAAUAGAAAAGGAUGUGACUAUGUCAGCACAGACAGGAGGGUCGGCUGCUACGUGGGCAGGAUGGGCAGUAACGGGCGUCUCAUCUCUCACCUCCAAACUCAUUCGAAAUGCUCCAGCUGGUUCGGAGCCACAACCUGCCGAAAACAGCCCUACCCCUCAACCUACUGCUGGAUCAGUAACCACAAAUACUGCAGGCAAAGACCCUGAAACGAGAACACAGACUUCCAGUGCACGUGGCAUCCAAUCAGAGAUGUCAAAUGAGGAAACGGCAGAGCCAGAUGGAGAUCGGUGGGAGGAUGAGGAUUGGGGAAGCCUUGAGGACCCUGAAAAAGUACAGACAGAUCCAGACGAUUGGCAUUCUGAUUGGUCGGCUGUGUCCUCAACACACAAGAAAAGCAAUGUGGGUAGGAAAUCCUCUGAGGCGGUGAAAAAGCAGAGUUCUGAUUGGAGCUCUGGUUGGGAUGCUGAUGACAGCUGGUCCAAUGAGAAAGAUGCUGAUGGUCAGGGUCAAAGUUCACCUGCUGAUGAGGGCUGGGGUAACGAUUGGGAUGACGAUGGAAGUCUGGCUGAGAGUUUUGCCCAAACCCCACGAAUUAAAGCCAACCCCUCAGCCAUUGAUCCAAAGAGUGCCAGCUUAAGCUCUGGCCAGGAAGGGGUGCGAUUGGCUAGCGAUUACCACUGGGACGGUGCAGGAGGAAAAUCAGCAACAUCUGAUCUGUUUUCCAAUUUGUCACAACGAACAAAUACCAUUGCUGCUACGCCGAAGUCUGAUGGCUGGGAUGUAGACACAGCAGGAGACUGGGGAACAGAAGAAAAUUGGGAGUCGCUGGAUGGUGAUCAAGGUCAAAGUAAGGCAGAAUUGGCAAAGAAGAAACGAGAAGAAAGACGAAAGGAGCUGGAGGCCAAACGGGCAGAACGCAAGGCAGCAAAGGUUCCUCACAAACUGGGCGCACGCAAAUUGGACUGAGUAUUAGGGCUUAACACUGGAGGCGCAGCGAGGUCAGAGCAGUACAAAGGCUAUGACUGAUCAUUAAUUGAAGAUGAAGGGACUUGGUCAGUGCGAGAUUUUAAAGAAACAUUCCGUGAACGCGGAGAGGAGGAGCCUCACAGCUGUCUGUUCAUUGGCCGACUUGGAAAAGGGAAGAGUAGAGACAAAUUUUAUCCAUUUCCCAUGUCUGCUGGAAUGAACACUUGUUUGAGGUAUUAGGAGUCAAGGGAGAUUUGAAAAAUGUAAUCCUAGAUAUCUUGUAUGUACAGUGAUUAUACAUUAAACACAGACUGCUUAUGGCUUGAUUGUGGACUUUUGAAAAUGGAUGAUGCAGACAGCUGUUAACUUAAUCAUGGUCCAAGGUGGGUCAGUGUCAUUACUAUAGCAUGUAUAAAUGGAUUAAUAUUUUCAAAACAAUGGAAUCACUGGCCCAAAGACAGAUUACAACUCUUGAAAGGUGUUCUGGACUUCUGUUUGCCAUAUGACAUGGUGAGGGUGGAUGUUCUUAUUUCUGGUUUGUGCCUUCAUUUUUGUUCCAAGCAGGUAGUACUGCAUAUAUUGUAAUAUAAACUAAUUCAACAGAUGAUUCUUUUUAGUUAACGAGACAAGUCUGUGAGAGCUGGUGCAAUAUUUUCAGAUGGAGUUGGUCAUGUACUGUAUACACAGAUGUAAAAUCCAACUUAUGUACGAUAAUAAACAGACACAGUCUGCCUUAGGACA